AUGACGAAAAAACACAAAUCAAUUAGUUCAUCGAAAGCUCUUCUCAUAUUCUCCAUUGUGUUCACAUGCAUCACAGUAACUAUUGCUGUUCUCACUGUUUAUUUCACUGUUCCAAAACCAAAUCAUAUCUGUCAAAUGACAUUUCGACAAACAAUCAAAAGCUCAAUUGUUCAUAGUUCUCAUCCAAAAUCCAUCGCACUUGCUGACCUCAACAACGACGAACAAAUUGAUAUUGUUGUUGCAAAUCCUGGCACAAAUACAAUUGGUGUUUUCCUCGCGUUCGACAAUGAAACGUUUGCCAGCCAGCAAACAUAUUCAACUGGAAUAUCAUCUCAGCCACAAUCAGUCCUUCUCAAUCAUUUUAAUCAUGAUCAGUAUUUAGAUAUUGCUGUUGCAAACUAUGGUACGAAUAGCAUUGGUGUUUUCUUCGCUCGUGCUAAUGAAACAUUUCAGAAUCAAAUAUCAAUUUCUACCAAGGCAUUUCGUCCUUGGUUUCUUGUCGCAGAUGAUUUUAAUAAAGAUAAUUAUACUGACUUAAUUGUUCUCUUUCCUGGCACUGAUAAUGUGGGCAUUUUUAUGGGUAAGGAAAAUGGAUUAUUCGAAGAUCUAGAACUUUAUUCGACUGGUUAUGAUUCUCAUCCAUACUCGUUGACUCUCGGAGACUUGAAUCGCGAUUCAUAUGUCGAUAUAGUUGUUGUAACUAACGGUACGAAUAACGUUGAAAUAUUCUAUAAUGACGGAAGUGGGGGAUUUCAAAAUGGUAUUCUUUACUCUACUAUGCGUAAUUCUAAUGCAACAUCUGUUGCUGUUGGAGAUUUGAAUAAUGAUCAGUAUUUGGAUAUUAUUGUUGCGAAUUACAAUCAUCAAAAUAUUGGAAUUUUCCUUAAUCUUAGAAAUGGAACGUUUACACAACAAAUGGUACAUAAAAUGGCACAGAACCCAUUUCCCCAAUGUGUUACUGUUGGUUAUUUUGAUCGGAAUAAUGAUUUAGAUGUUGUUGUUGUUGAUUCUCUCAAUAGUCAAAUACAUAUUUUGUUAGGCUAUGGAAACGGAAGUCUAUCGGCGUCGAUAGUUUAUGAUUCGAUUAGUAAAUCCAAUCCAUUAUUCAUUGCAGUUUAUGAUUUUGAUCGUGACAAUCGUUCUGACUUAGUUGUUGCUAAUUCUGAUGGCAACAAUAUUUUAAUGUUAAAUGGGUUUUCUAGUGAAUCAUCGGCAAGACAAACGACUUACUUGAUCGACGAAAGUGCGCGUCCGUCGUCUCUUGUUGUUUACGAUUUCAAUCGUGACAAUCAAUUGGAUAUCGUGGUGAACAAUUUUGGUGGAAAUUCAAUGGUGAUUUUCUAUGGUACGGAUGCUGGAAGUUUCGUUCAAGGCGAUUCGUAUUCAACUGGCGAGAAUUCUUCUCCGAGACAAAUUACAACUGGUGACUUUAACAAUGACAAUCGAAUGGAUAUUCUUAUUGCUUGUCCGGGCAGCGGUAAUGUUGGGGUUUUUCUCGGACAAGAAAAUGGAACAUUCGCACCGAUGAUUCCCUAUUGGAUUGGUAAUGGAUCGAAUCCGUGGUUUGUAACUACUCACGAUUUGAACAAUGAUACUUAUGUAGAUUUAGUUGUUUCCAACAAGGGUGUGAAGACAAUCACGAUCUGGUUUGGAUUAGGCAAUGGAUCCUUUACUAAUAUGACAACUUAUUCGACGGGAANUUAG